GUUUUGGCCAAUGAAAUGGCCAUGUAUUGUGUAAAUGUGUUAUGUAUUAAAAUACCACAUACCUGUGAAAGCUCACAAUUUAUCUCCUCUUGUUUUUUGGUGUCUUUCUGUCUGUUCAGUGUGACAUCCUCUGAAAAGGCGGACAAGGCCCAACGCUACGCAGACUUCACUUUGCUUUCUGUGCCUUAUCCAGGGUGUGAAUUUUUUAAGGACUACAAAGACAGAGACUACACAGCCGAAGGUCUGGUGUUCAAUUGGAAUCAGGACUAUGUGGAUGCUCCUUUGACAAUCCCUGUGUGCUUUACUCAUAACUUGAAUAUUGACUGGACUCAAUACCAGUCAUGGGACCUGGUGGAGCAGACCCAGAACUACCUGAAGCUGCUGCUUCACAUCAUCAACAAUGAUGAUGAGAGUGGCCUCCUGGUGCACUGCAUAUCAGGCUGGGACAGGACACCUCUGUUUGUGUCCCUCCUCAGGCUUUCCCUGUGGGCAGAUGGCGCAGUGCACGCCAGCCUGGAGCCAGCCGAGAUCCUUUAUCUGACCAUCAGUUAUGACUGGUUCCUCUUUGGUCACAUGCUGCCAGAUCGACUCUCCAAAGGGGAGGAGAUUUUCUUUUUUUGCUUCAAUUUUUUGAAGCACAUUGUCUCAGAGAAGUUCUCUGCUAUUAAGAAACAGAGAAGGAAGAACUCCCACUUCAAAGACAGUGAUUUCACUGUCGAGGACCUCUGCCAGUUAAAGUCAAGGGAUCGUGGCAGUGUGACCAGUUUGAGCAGCGAGUUCUCCCUUAUUACUGAGGAGGUGGGCCCAACCUACAGUCUCACUAAUGAUACUGUGGACCUGUUCUCCAGCCAACCCCAGGCCUCCACCUGGAAAAGAGGCACCACCUCCUCCCCUCAGAUGGUUGUUUGGAAUAAGCAGAACCCUAUGGACGAGCACCUCUCCCAUCCCCUUAAUGAGGCCAGGUCUUCCAGCUCCUCCUCUUCCAACCAAUCAGAACACGCUGUUACACGCACUGGCAGCAGCCCAUUGGCUGUCCCCGGGAGAAGGUUGGCAGCAGAGUACAGUCGAUCAGGUUCCUCCCUCUCUACAGAGUAUGGGAGUUGGCAGAUAGUUUCUGGUUGUGGUAGUAUCCAUGACCAUGCACCCUUCCCCCUACCCGUGGCCUCAGCCUCCUCCACCUCUUCUGCUGUUGCUGCUGCCUAUGAUUCGCACCUGCCCUUCAGUUUUAAGGAUGAUGGGCCAAGUGGACGAAUGUGUCCCUUACCCUCUGAGCGUCAGGUCCGUCUGGAGGCAGUGCGGGAAGUCUUCCUGGCAGCCUACAGCUCCACUGUGGGCCUUAAGUCUUCAGCGCCCAGCCCCUCUGGCGCUAUCUCUGGGCUUCUGGAACAGUUUGCCCGUGGGGUCGGCCUUCGAGGCACCAAUGCCAUUAUUUGAGCCCUCUCAAUGUGACCUUGGACCCUCCCUCUGCUUCCAUCCAUCCACAGUUGAUUCAACAUGGACUAAGUACAAGUGCCAAAUAUCUCUGUUCAUUUCAGGGAUGAAGCAUUCUUUUUUUUUGUUGUUGUUGUUGCUGAAUUUUAUGAACUUUUAAUCUUUCAUGUUGAGUUGAUCUGUCACGUUUGGGAAGGGAAAUGUUUUCAGCCACUGUAUCAAAAAGGGAUAGUUAGAGGUCUUUCUAGCUGCUUACAUGUAAAUGGCUGAGAGUAUGGGGUCUGUACCUGUCACUGGCAGAAUAUAAAGAAUUCUUCCUUCCUCUGUUGUUUCUUUAUCUGUUCACACAUUUUUUUUGAAUCUCUAACAAGUCCUUGCAGUGACCGUUCCUGCCCCUCUUGUUUUGUGCUGCUAUUCCCCAGUGAUCCAAGCACAGGAUUCUUUAGUUUCGGUGGUUGCUGAUGGUGAGAUAUACACAGCACUUAAUGUGUUCCGAAAUGGCACCAAGCCUCUUUUAGUUUGUAAAUUUGGCACAGUCAAUUAAAAUUUGAUUAUUUAAUCACAUUUAGAGCUUACAGCUUUGCGUAUGAGGCAGGCGAGACACAAGUUCGAUUUUUUUUUUAGAAUUCAGUCAAUCGUUAAUAUAGUAUUCAAACACCAAAUGAACACUGCAAGAGUUGUUGCUCACUCUAUUACUUCUAAUUAUAACUCCUGUCCAUGAAGAGAUUCUUUUGUAGUGUGACUACACUGACGGAAGUUAGCUUUGGAAAGUUGUAAAAUUUAUCUGACAGUGUACAAGUUGUGCUACAAAGUUCUCUCUUCACAGCUAGUGCAGAUUGGAGGAAUGAUUUCAGUAACUGACCAGCAACUCAUGAAACCUACACUGUAGCUUGAUGUACACCUCCCUAGAAAUGUAACGACAUGUCACAGCAACGCAGACCGCGACAGUCGUGAUUGGUCUGCUUUGUCGGCUCACCUGUGUCUCUCAGUGGCCAUACAAGCACAGAAGACUAACUGCCUAAAUCAGUUGGAUAUUCUUGUCCCCUGCCUACAGCAACUUAUAGUACAUGUGGAAUGUGAGUAAAAUAGUCCUGAAAAAAAUCUGAUCCUAUCUUUUAACUAGACAUCUUCCAAGUUUUGUGAUUUCUAACUUUAGUUUUGAUUGUCAAACGUGUACAGGGAAAACUGAUCCAAAUAGCCUAAUUUCUGAAAAUCAUAACCAAGGAAGUGAAGUACUGAACAUAUCCAAGCUAUCUUUUCACCUUGCCAGUUUAUUAUCUCCAUAUCUACUAAUUUCACGUUGCUCUUCAGUAGCACUGACAUGGUAGCUUAAGAGGCACUGAACAUUGUGGAAGAAAAUCAGCAGUGAACAGCAGCAAGGUCCAAUUGAUUCUUGUCAGUGCUGAGAUUUCUGCCCAGCCAUUAUCACACAUGUAUGAUAUCCAAACACCUUGUGUGCCUCCUUUCAGGUCACACUUGGACAGAAAUUUCUAACUGGGCAACUCCAUGGUACAUCCACUUUUUAAAAUAAUUUUCUUGUCAGAAUUCUGUUGAUUUUAUUUAAAACUAUGGUUUUGGUUGUUGCUGUACCUCAGGACUGUUGUGCCUUUGUCUUCAGUAACACUAAAUCAGAUCUCUUCUUUAUCUGGUCCAGUUUCCGGUGUAUUUCUGUUUCUUAAAUGGUUUAAGAGCUUGGGUUUGCUGCUAAUUGUUAAUGAAUGUUUUGACUGUAGAGAUUUAGCAGCACUAGCUUUGCAAUUAAGCUUUUUGGGGUUUCCCUUUUAUCAGCCUCUUGGUUGCAGGAUUAGUAAAGCAUUAUUGUGCAGUAACAUUAAGCCGCUGAGUCUUAUGGAUGCUCAUUAUAAAGUUGAUGAGGUGGAAUUUCAGGAAAAUGACACAUUUGUCAUUCACUCCCCAGAGGACUGAGACAAUGAAUACAUUUUCCUGUCUGCCUUUGAAAUUGACAGUAGCUGAAGAUUAUUAUUUUUUAAUUUGUGGUAUAAUUCUACCUGGAAUUUUGAGAAAUACGUUUUUGUUACUUUCUUUCUGAGCAUAAGAUGAGAAGAUUGACACUAAUACUAUGUGUGUGCGCUUGGGACAGAGCAAAAGCCAGGCUGUGUUUAGCCUUCAGCAUAAUGAUUUUUUUUAAAAAACUGCUAAGCUUAGCUCAUUUUUAAGUUCAAAAAUAUGCAUACCAACACAACAAAAGUUCAUUAAUUAACAUGAAUGUAGUUUGUUGAAGCCAUACAACAGCAGUGUAAACAGAGCUAUUUAAAAUUUUAAGGGACAGUCUUUGGUGUAGCUAUUUCUUAAUUAACUGACAUUUAUCUGUUAGCCCAAUAGUUUUAAACAGUGCCUCUGACUUUUUGUUUAAUUAUGGUUCAAACAAACGAAACACAUAUUCAAAUCAGCUUUUGAGAUGUUGGUAGAUGUAUUUUUUAACUUUAGACAGAGCCAGGUUAGCUGGUUCCCUUGUAUCCAGUGUUUACCAUGUCCCGAUGCCAACUCAGGACUUAACGUAUAGACACAAAUGUCAAUCUUUGCAUCUCACUUUCAGAAAGAAAGCUAAUUAGCAUAUUUCCCAAAAUGUAAAUUAAUAUAACUUGUAGAAUUUGGUGUUCUGCUAGACUCUAUAGGCAAAAGUCUGCUUUCUUAAUACCACAAAACACAUUUGUUAAAACAGAUUUUGAUUUAUAUGACUACAUGUAUAAGUUCUUCGCAUGGACUGUCAAAAUGAUUUAAUUUUGUAGCUCUAAACAAACUUUCAGUAGAACAAUCUGUUUUUAGCUUUCUUGCCCUCUUGCCUCAGACUUGCUCAGGACUUCAGAUUCAUUCAAGGUUUUGUAUCAUGUUGUUUUUAUUUUGGCAUAAUUUCCACUGUAUGUCUCUAGCUGAUAAGCAACCAGUCACAAGACAUCUGCAUAAAAGCCUUGUCAUUUUCAAAAUGCUGAAAAUGACCAUCAUAAGACAAAAUUCUCAUCCUGAAUUACUUCUACUCCCAUAAAUUUCCCACUCAGUUUGUACUUUUUACACACUGGAUUUGCAUGACAUGCUCAAAGUUUAUCUCACUUGUGAAAUAUAAUGAUUUUAUUUGUUUUACAAAGGACUUUUUAAUUUCAGAAUCUCUUUUAUUGAAAUGCUUUAUUGCACACAUCCUGAAGUUCUCCGUGUAAAUGUUCUAAAAUGUUCUAAAUGUAAAUGUUUUCUUUGUAUUGUUGAUGCAUUUUUAAGCAAUUCUACCCUUCUUCUCAUCAUAAAUUGUGCUUAACUGUUGGCAAACUACAAGACAUAAUGAAAGUUGAACUGAGAGCAGGUGACAAAUGUGAAUAAAGAACACAUUUGUGAAUUGCUUAUUUA